AUGUUCUCGAUAGCCAGAUCGAGUGUAGUGGCAAGGCACGGUAUUGCCCGUGGUAUCACAGUCAAUGCCCGUCCUUCGUUUAAUAGAGGACUCAAGCUUAAUGCAGCACAGUUGGGUGCUGCUAAAGGAUGGGGUACAGUCUUCAACAUUUUUGCUGGAGCUUAUCUUGGAGGGGUUAUUGUAUGUUGUGGGCUGUUAUACUGGCUUUAUCAAGAUGCAAACGAGCGUCAACCCAUACCAUUUGAGCUUCGUUUCAAAGAUCAAAUUACUGCUGUCGAAGCCAUCAAUAAAGAUGAUGUCUUGAGAAGUCCUCAAUAUGCCGUAAAGCAUUAUAAGAAAUUAUUAACGGAACUAUACUUACAAAACUCCUCGGGGCAAGAAUCUUCUGAGGCUACCGAUUCAGAUGGCUCAUCUUCAUUUGUUGUGCCAGUUAUUCCUGCCGAAGUUCUUCUUAAAGAGAAAUCUAAUGGAUUCGCUAAUUUUUAUAUCGAUAUUGUAUUAAGGUACUCCAGAGCGCUCUUAUCACGAGGUCAAUCCGAUGCAUCUGUUACAAUGCUUCGUAAGAUCAUUGACGAUGAAGAAAUCUUUUACCGCAUUGGUAAUGCCGAAUCUUUGGCUCAAGGUUGUAGAAUUCUUUCACGUCUUGAAACCGACCCACAUGUUAAAGUGGCUUACUUGAUGCAUGCUUUGGAUAUGUUAACCAGAACACAUCCAACUUUAAGAUAUGAUAACCAUUACAUGAUCCAAGAUAAUUCGAGGCUUACCAAUGAAUUUAUCUCUUGUUUGAAUGGAUUAGCAUUUGCAUAUGCUAAGGCAUCGAAAUCAGCUCCUAAACGGGAACAACAAGAUCUCUUAACUGACUCAUUAAACAUUUAUCUUGCUAACCUUAAAAUGAUCACAUCAGUAGAAGAAAAAAUUGCUUCUAAUGAAUUGUCAGAACGUCAUUUCCCUUUGUUUACUGCAGACCCCCUUACUCUUAAAAUGUCUAUUGCUGAAAUUAAAGCUCAUAUCAGUGAGAUCAUAUGGGCCAAGGGAUAUAAGCAAAAUGCCAUUGGUUGGGGCGAAGAAGUGGUAGAUGUGGUAUUCUACGAGUACAAUAACACUAGCCGUGCAGCCCCAAUUCUUAUUAACACAUUACGGAAUUUAGUUAAUAUGUAUGGUUCUAUGAAAGAUACUGUGAAUCAAGAACGUUGUCAACGAAUGUUGACAGGCUUGGAGAUUUAUGAACAUGACCCACAGCUGUGGCAUGAUACUACAUUAGCCCGUUUUAGUAAAAUCAUCUACAACAAGGGGCCCUUGGGGAUCCUUGAAAAGGCUAUCAAUGAAAGAUAUGGAGCUCCAAAACCAGUACCAAAUUUGGAAGAAUUUGAAGAAUUGGAUGACUAA